AUGGGCUCUUACCCCACCUGCUGGGCCCAGCAGCACCAGAAGGCAGGAAAGAAUUUAGCACAGGGAAUUGGUGCUUGGGAAAUCAUCGGGAAGCUGGAGGAGUGGGUGAUCAACGAAGAGAGCCAGGGGCAGCAGGUGGUGUCCGAGACCGAGGCCCUGCAGAGCCUGCGGGAGGCGUGCGAGACGGUGGGCGCCACUCUUGAGACCCUUCAUUUUGGAAAACUGGACUUUGGGGAGACCACGGUGCUGGACCGUUUUUACAAUGCAGAUAUUGCUGUGGUGGAGAUGAGUGAUGCCUUCCGGCAGCCGUCCUUGUUCUACCACCUUGGAGUGAGAGAAAGUUUCAGCAUGGCCAACAACAUCAUCCUCUACUGUGAUGCCAACUCAAACUCUCUGCAGUCACUGAAGGAAAUCAUUUGCCAGAAGAAUACUAUGUGCACUGGGAAUUACACGUUCGUCCCGUACAUGGUGACUCCGCACAACAAGGUCUACUGCUGUGACUGUAGCUUCAUGAAGGGGUUGUCAGAACUCAUGCAGUCCAACUUCGAGCUGCUUCUGGGACCCAUCUGCUUACCUCUUGUGGAUCGUUUCAUUCAACUUCUGAACGUGGCACAAGCUGGCUCCAGCCAGUAUUUCCGGGAAUCUAUACUCAAUGAUAUCAGGAAAGCUCGUGAUUUAUACACUGGCAAAGAACUGGCAGCUGAAUUGGCAAGAAUUCGGCAGCGAUUAGAUAAUAUCGAAGUCUUGACAGCAGAUAUUGUCAUAAAUCUGUUACUUUCCUACAGAGAUAUACAGGAAUAUGAUUCUAUUGUGAAGCUGGUAGAGACUUUAGAGAAGCUGCCAACCUUUGAUUUGGCCUCCCAUCAUCAUGUGAAGUUUCAUUAUGCAUUUGCACUGAAUAGGAGAAAUCUCCCUGGAGAUAGAGCAAAAGCUCUUGAUAUUAUGAUUCCCCUGGUGCAAAGUGAAGGGCAAGUUGCUUCAGAUAUGUAUUGCCUAGUUGGUCGAAUCUACAAAGACAUGUUUUUGGACUCUAAUUUCAUGGACACUGAAAGUAGAGACAAUGGAGCUUUUUGGUUCAAAAAGGCAUUUGAAAGUGAGCCUACACUACAGUCAGGAAUUAAUUAUGCAGUUCUUCUUCUGGCAGCUGGGCAACAGUUUGAAUCUUCCUUUGAGCUCCGGAAAGUUGGGGUGAAGCUUAGUAGCCUUCUUGGUAAAAAGGGAAACUUGGAAAAACUCCAGAGCUACUGGGAAGUUGGAUUUUUUCUGGGGGCCAGUGUUCUGGCCAAUGACCACUUGAGAGUCAUUCAAGCAUCUGAAAAGCUUUUUAAACUGAAGACACCGGCAUGGUACCUCAAGUCUAUUGUAGAGACAAUUUUAAUAUAUAAACAUUUUGUGAAAUUGACUACAGAACAGCCUGUGGCUAUACAGGAACUCGUGGACUUCUGGAUGGACUUCCUGGUCGAGGCCACAAAGACAGAUGUUACUGUAGUUAGGUUUCCAGUAUUAAUAUUAGAACCAACCAAAAUCUAUCAGCCUUCGUAUUUGUCUAUCAACAAUGAAGUUGAGGAAAAGACAAUAUCUAUUUGGCACGUGCUUCCUGAUGACGAGAAUGGCAUACAUGAGUGGAACUUUAGUGCUUCUUCCAUCAGGGGAGUGAGGUUUUUUGAAAUGGUGAACAACAUUACCGAAGAGAAGGGGAGAGGUGUGGAGGAAGGAGACUGUGAAGGUGACUCCCUGGAGUAUGACUAUGAAUAUGACGAAAAUGGUGACAGAGUCGUUUUAGGAAAAGGCACUUACGGGAUAGUCUAUGCAGGUCGAGACCUGAGCAACCAAGUCAGAAUCGCUAUUAAGGAAAUCCCAGAGAGAGAUAGCAGAUACUCCCAGCCCCUCCAUGAAGAAAUAGCAUUGCAUAAGCACCUGAAGCACAAGAAUAUUGUCCAGUAUCUGGGUUCUUUCAGUGAGAAUGGUUUCAUUAAAAUCUUCAUGGAGCAGGUUCCAGGAGGAAGUCUUUCGGCUCUCCUUCGUUCAAAAUGGGGCCCAUUGAAAGACAAUGAGCAGACAAUUGGAUUUUAUACAAAGCAAAUACUCGAAGGAUUAAAAUACCUCCAUGACAAUCAGAUAGUUCACCGGGACAUAAAGGGUGACAACGUGUUGAUUAAUACCUAUAGUGGUGUUCUCAAGAUCUCUGACUUCGGCACAUCAAAGAGGCUUGCUGGCAUAAACCCAAGCACUGAAACUUUUACUGGUACCCUUCAGUACAUGGCACCAGAAAUAAUAGACAAAGGACCCAGAGGCUAUGGGAAAGCAGCAGACAUUUGGUCUUUGGGUUGCACCAUCAUCGAAAUGGCCACAGGGAAACCGCCCUUUUAUGAACUGGGAGAACCACAAGCAGCAAUGUUCAAGGUGGGAAUGUUUAAAGUCCACCCGGAGAUCCCGGAGUCCAUGUCAGCGGAGGCCAAGGCAUUCAUAUUGAAGUGUUUUGAACCAGACCCUGACAAGAGAGCUUGUGCUAACGACUUGCUUAUUGAUGAGUUCUUAAAAGUUUCAAGCAAAAAGAAAAAGACACAGCCUAAGCUUUCAGCUCUUUCACCUGGAUCAAAUGNAUACCUUAGGAGCAUAUCCUUGCCAGUCCCCGUCCUGGUGGAGGACACCAGCAGCAGCAGUGAGUACGGCUCAGUUUCUCCCGACACGGAGCUCAAGGUGGACCCCUUCUCUUUCAAAACAAGAGCCAAAUCCUGCGGAGAAAAGGAUGUGAAAGGAAUGCGGACGCUCUUUUUGGGCAUUCCAGAUGAGAAUUUUGAAGAUCACAGUGCUCCCCCUUCUCCCGAGGAAAAGGACUCCGGGUUCUUUAUGCUGCGGAAGGACAGCGAGAGGCGGGCCACCCUGUACCGGAUCCUGAAGGAAGACCAGGACAAAGUUGUGAGAAACUUAAUGGAAUCUUUGGCUCAGGGGCCCGAAGAACCUAAACUAAAGUGGGAGCACAUCACAACCCUCAUCACAAGCCUCAGAGAAUUUGUGAGAUCCACCGACCGAAAAAUCAUAGCCACCACCCUGUCAAAGCUGAAGUUAGAGCUGGACUUCGACAGCCAUGGCAUCAGUCAGGUCCAGGUGGUGCUCUUCAGCUUUCAAGAUGCUGUGAAUAAAGUUCUUCGGAAUCAUAACAUCAAGCCACACUGGAUGUUUGCCCUGGACAGUAUCAUCCGGAAGGCCGUGCAGACAGCCAUUACCAUUCUGGUUCCAGAACUGAGACCACAUUUUAGCCUUGCUUCUGAGAGUGAUACAGCAGAUCAAGAAGACUUGGAUGCAGAAGAUGACCAUGAGGAACAGCCUCCAAAUCGAAUUGUCCGAAGACCUCGUGCCAUCCUUGAAGAUGCUGUGGCUACCUCAGGGGUGAGCACGCUCAGUUCUACUGUAUCCCACAAUUCCCAGAAUGCUCACCGAUCACUGAAUGUACAGCUUGGAAGAAUGAAAAUAGAAACUAAUAGAUUACUGGAAGCAUUGGUUCAGAAAGAGAAAGAAUUACAAGCACUCCUUCAUUACUCUAUUGAAGAAAAGGACCAAGAAAUCAAACACCUGAAGCUUAAGUCCCAACCAAUAGAUAUUCCUAGAUCACCUGCACAUCGCUCAACCACUGGCAGAACUACUGAAGAUUCUAAACUUACUGACUGGCUGAGAGAAAAUGGAGCUGAUGAUGACACUAUAAGUCAGUUUUUGGCUGAGGAUUAUUCACUAGUGGAUGUUCUCUACUAUGUUACACGUGAUGACUUAAAAAGCCUGAGACUAAGGGGAGGGAUGCUCUGCACACUGUGGAAGGCCAUCACCGACUUUCGGGACGAGCAGAGAGACAAACAGACUUGACUGUCACUCCUUUGUUUCCAACCUCCCUGGAGAUUCUAACAACACAGAACUGAUCUUCGAAGGAGGGAGAAUCCCAGGGAGAGGAGAAAGAAGCUGCACUUUAAACCCAGUAUUUGUUUACUCGUGUUAAAAAAAAAAAAAUAGAGUACACUGAAAUUUCCUAAAUGCUUCUAUUUCUAUAAUUCAUAGGGACUUUUUGUAAGGACUCUCACUAGGAUGUUUAGGAUUAUUUUACUCUAAACAUUUUAAUGGAAAUAUUUUGAACUCAGCAGCUACUGACUAGACUUCAGCCAAAUGUUUAUUUCACACAAAACGGAUGUAACAUUUCAUGUGAUUGUGCAUCACUGGAACAAAACCAAAAUGUGACCACAACUUUUUAGGUUUAUGUGUGUUUGUAAUAUGCUCUAAUAAUCUAAGUAGAAAUGCAUAAUUUCAAUUGUUGCAUAAAGUUUAUGGUGUGUUUUUUUUAAUAUGCAGAAUCUGAGCAAUGGUUUAUACUUAUCUGUGUUAAUUGUAAUAUUGAUAUAUUUUGUAACUUAAGUUUCUGGCCUAUAGUACAUUGGUUUGAGUCAUUUUUGUUACUACUGAACUGUACCAGUUGCACAUGUCUGAAUCAUAGUAAAGUUAGCUUGUUCUAAAGCUAUCCAUUUGUCUCAUAUUUACUUUAAAAAGUAAAAAAGACUAUCAAUAUACUGUUUUGAUAAAUUCUAAAUAGUUCUCAUUUUGUUUAGCCAAACUACUGUGUUAAAUUUCUAGUCGUUUCUUCAGCUAUAACAUUAAAUAGAAUUUGUCUUCUACUCAAAUAAUCGAAGAAAACUCAUCUCCAAGUUCUUCCUCAUGGCGACAGAGUGGUUCAGAAAGACGUAAAAGAAAAAAGAAAAUAAAAGAAAGUCACUGUAUUUUUCUCAAA